AUGCAAACCCCAUCGCAGUUCAGCUCGUCGUUUGAUUGGGGUGACAAGAAGUCACCAACUACCGUAUCACAGCAGACUUUAGUGACUGUACCGCUACUCAACGAUAAUGCCCGAGAAGAGAUGAAAUGGUUUCCGCACUGGCCAUAUAUUUCUUUAGAAUAUGAUGGCAGAACACUGGAAGACAAGGCGUCAAGUAUCAAAUACAAAACAGCCGUAAAGCUAGCCAAAGAGAACAGUAAAGCCGGAGCCAAGCGAACGCCCAGUGUUGUCUGCAGGAUGAUGUGCAUUAUGACCGAUAGCCUUUAUAAAGAUGGUGUAGUAGGUACACAGAGCUUGCAAAGGGGCCGGGGAAGACUUGACAAUGGUCAGAUUCGUCACCGGGACCCUUGGUGA